AUGCUGACAGAAGAACAAGAUAUAUUCAAAGACGUGCUUCCAAAACUAAUGGGAACUAUACGUGCAGCGACUGCAUUGGGUGCUCAGGAUGUGAAUUUCUACAAAUCUGUCGACUCAAACAUUAGUCAACAAAUUGAUAAACGAGGGAUGAAUCUCCUAACCAUCACAAAUGACUUGCUCAGGACUGCAUCAUCUCAAAGUAGUCCAGUGGAUUCAGUACGGUUUGGACAAGAGAACAUCUCAAGUGAAUCAUCUUGGAACCCUGUCAGCAAUGUCAUUGAUUCGAUCUUUGAAAAGAUAGAUUUCAACUUUGAUCAGCUCAACAAGAAGCAAACUGGAGGAGAACAGAAACAAUACCUUGAGGAUGGAAACAACCUGAUUUCAAACGAGCAAAUCCAACGAAUUGAAAAGCCGCAAUUGAAGUUUAAAGUUCCUGUUGAUAACUCAGAGCAAGAGCCUUUCAGGCCGAAAAUUACUAAUAAAGUAAAUGCCUUGCAACCCUGGGAAUCAGUUAAUAAACUCACGAACCCUGCCCCAAUUUAUGAAGAGUCUGUGGAGAUUGUUGAUCCUCCUUACUAUGCACAUCCAUACGAGUUUGAGAUUGACUCUCAGCCGUACCCUGACUCCAUAUUGAAAAAGGCAGAACCUAUCCCGCCACAAGACUGGAGCAGCACAACUGCAAUUUGGGUUGAUACAGUAGAUGGUUUAAAUGAAAUGAUAGAGGAGUUGCUGAAACUGUCCGAGAUAGCAGUUGAUUUGGAACACCACGACUACAGAUCUUAUUAUGGUAUUGUUUGUUUAAUGCAGAUUUCAAAUCGUGACAAAGAUUGGAUCAUUGAUACAUUAGUUUUGAGAGAUGACUUGACAUCUUUGAACAAAGUGUUUACCGAUCCUAAUAUCGUGAAAGUGCUUCACGGUGCGUUUAUGGACAUUAUAUGGUUGCAAAGAGAUUUGGGAUUGUAUAUUGUCUCAUUAUUCGACACAUAUCACGCAUCUAGACAAUUGGGAUUUUCAAAAUUUUCAUUGCAGUAUUUACUAGAUACUUUUGCUCAUUUCAGAACUUCGAAAAAAUACCAGCUAGCUGACUGGAGAAUAAGACCACUACCAAAGCCAAUGUUGGCUUAUGCAAGAUCGGAUACGCACUUUUUACUAUAUAUUUUUGAUCAGCUUCGGAACAAAUUGAUUGAUAGUGAUAAACUUGCACGUGUGUUGUUUGACUCAAGACAAGUUGCUAAAAGAAGAUUUGAGUACACCAAAUACAGACCUUUAUCCACUAACCUUGGAAGCAAAGUUUCAUGUCCUGUAAUGGCCGCUAAUCCAAGCGAACCUUGGGGCUCAAUAAUGUACCAGUACAAUGUGCCUUCCUUCAAGAGAGCAGUAGUUGAGCAGUUGUACAAGUGGAGAGACUUGGUCGCAAGAGAAGCAGACGAGUCAGUGAGAUACAUCAUGCCAAAUCAAUUGCUCGUUUCUUUGGCCACUUUGGAAUCUCCUGUUGAUGUGGGAAAAGUUCUCAAUGUGCCGUCAUACGUCUCGGAGCAUGUUCGGCGAAACGCAAGGGAGCUAGCGGAGUUGAUUGAUAGGACUUUGAAAGAAAGUGAGCAGAAUGACUGGGCGUUGGUUGACAAAUGGAACAAUCUGUCGAAAGCUCAGGUAGAGGAGCAAAAUGUGGAUGUACGGGAUGUUAAUGGAUUGUUGGAAACUUUGUUACUGAAUUCUUCUGCAUUGUUUGAUGGUGGCCCCCUAUUGAGUGAUAGGUCAUCCUUGGCUAUUCCUGAAGUGCGCGAGACACGGAACUAUACCUAUGAGUUCACUAGUCAAGGUAUCAAGAAACAUGAUUUUGGCAAAGAGAGCAUAACACUCAAACACAAGUUGUGGCAAAAAUUGUGCGAGGUUGAUGGCAUCAGAUCGAUUGCUGAAGAAGAAUUGGAGUCCGAAUCUGGAGAAGAACAUGAACCGAGUGAAGCCACUGAAUCCACCGGAGCCAGCUCUAGCAAUGAGAGACCCAAAUCAGGUCAAAAAGUCUUGUUCAGUAAAGACGAAGACAUCAAUCCCGAUGAGUUGAUUGCACUUCGCAAGACAAACAAGAAUUCUAAGAGAAAUAGUAACCAGCUUGUUCAAUAUAAUGAACCAAGUGUAGAUUAUGCCAAUGCUGAUAAGAUCCUCAUUGAUCCGAAAAAGAGUGACAAGAGAAACAAGAAGAGGUCGUUUGAUCCUUACAGUAGGGACUCGGCUGGACCCAAACCGGCAAAGAGAAAGAAGGUAAUUACGGGAGGAAAGACAUCUACUUAUAAGUUGAAACAGAGCAGGUUGAAGAAUAAGUAA